AUGUGGCGUUCCUUACGGCCUUUGGCCGCUGUGCCUCUUGGCGCCUGGGUGGCCACACCAGGAUCACUCCCCUCGCGUCGUGAUGGCAGCCAUGGAAGUGGACUCAGGCCUUCUUACCGUGGCCAAGUCCGCGCAGAACCGGCCAAGGCUUCCCGCGUCGUCGAGAAUCAGCUUCAGCGGCUCAUCGCCACGGCGCGGGAGCGUGGUGAAGGCGACGACACCGAGCUGCUGACCAAGAUGAGGUCGCCACUGGAUUCCAAAAGAUUGCCUUUUGUGCGAACAUUGGCAUUUCAUCGCUAG